CCAAAGCCUCCAGUUCCGCUUUUUGAGACAGGGCUGGGAUUUAUAGGAUCAGAAAGUGGUCAGGUUCUGAAAGAAGAAUGUUAUUCACGGGCUCUGACUGCCCUGGCCACGCAGCAUCUGCCCAUGGCAUGUGGCAGGGAGGAGCUGUGUGGAGACCAAGGGAUAGGCACCUGCUCACCCUCCUCCAGGGACACAGUGCGACUGCCACGACAGCAGCAUGAACUGGUCCCCCAAAAAGGGGCUGGCAAGUUCCCUGCACAUGGAGGAAAACCCCACAGAUUUUGGCAGGAAAGUCUCCCCAUGUUGCAGAAGACAAUUCUGGGAUCCAGCAGUGGGAGCCGGGACAGGGUAAUGCGUGACUGGGGAGUGAAGUGAGGAGCCCCCAGCACCCCAUCACCCGUGCCAGUGGGGCCUAUGUGCUGCCAGGCUGGCAGGGCUGGGCCCACCAACAAAUCUCCCCUGGCCUGGGGCCAUUUUGCCCCCUCCCUUUGUGGGCUCUGGCUGGGCAUAGGGGGACUAAGUUCAUCCCAAACCACAAUUGCCACCUCUGCCGGCAGCUCCGGCCAUGGCGGAUGUGCUGGAAAUAACCUUGGUGGGGCCGUGCCCCCCCUUGCCAAGGCCACAAGACCCUAUAAAGACAGCCAGAACUUCACUCAGCACAGCACAGGAAGGCACCAUGAAGUCCCUUGUCCUGCUCACCCUCUUGGCCCUGCUCACUCUUGGCCUCUGCCACAGAGCUGCUGAUAGCUCUGCCAGCACCAAUGACUCACCCAGCUCCAAAGCCUUUGUCUCCAGGCGUGCCAGUGCUGAGGUGGUGCAGAGACAGAAGCGGAAUUAUGCCUAUGACAGCGGUGUCUAUGGAGCCCCACGGGACCCACUGGAGGCCAAGCGUGAGGUGUGUGAGCUCAACCCUGACUGUGAUGAGCUUGCCGACCAGAUUGGAAUCCAGGAGGCCUAUCGGCGCUACUACGGCCUGGUGUAGCCCCAGCCACCACCUUGUGUUGUGGGGUGGGGGCUGAGCUCCUAUAAACCCACCUCAGCCCCACCCCCAUCUUCAUCCUCUCACCCUUUCUGUCAGUCCUGGAAAGAAAUAAAUGCAAA